CAGGACUGCCGGGGUGGGCGAGAUACACACAGGCAGAUGCUGAGGAGAACAGGAUUGUAAAGCUGCAGUAUGUAGCUACGAGUGUGCUGCGAGAAAGGGAGAGAGAGAGAGAGAGAGAGAGAGAGAGAGAUCAAGGAGGAGGAGGAGAGGGAGACAGCAAACCUUGCCAGGUAAACAUCUCUGUUUCCUAUUAACAAUCCAUCCGUCCCGCAUUGAUAAGGAAUGAGAGGAUUCCUGCAGAGAGAAGCUGAAUAUUGCUGGUAAUCUGUGCUGUAUACUGACUGGAUGCACACAACCUGCCAGGGUUAUUGAAGCACCUUCCUGGUGCUCUGGAUGGACUUCUUAGAAGGUCUGAAUAUGUGAAGAUCUUGGGCAGGGAUACGUUGUAGCUGUGGUACAGGGCAGGGAUACAUUGUUGCUGUGUAUAUUCCUAUGUCUAUGGAAGAACCCAUCUCUAUCCAGGGUUGGAUUACAAGGAUGGCUUGUGUUUGGCAAGAGAAAGAACAUCAAAUGGGCUCUUAGGUGGCUUUUGCUUUGGAAUGUCAUCUCCUGGGUGGUUCUUUAAAAAAUUGAGACCCUACAACCUCCGCCAUUGGAUAGCCAGCCUGGUUGACAACUUACCCACGACUGGUGGAGACGGCGGACCCACCAGGUCUUGGCUUUGGUCUGCUUUGGGUUUUACCGGGUUUUUGGGGCGUUGGAAAGAGUCCUGGACAUUUAGGAAAGCGGGAUUUAACACUGUAAGUUCGUUUCUAGAAAACUGAAAUAAAAAGAAGAAAAAAUUUAAAAAAGGAGGAUUGUGGGAAAGAAGAUGGGAAUUUGGGGUUCUGACUGAAAUGCUAAACAAACUCCUCUCCAGAUUAAACGAAGGAGGCUGUCCUUCAACCAAGGAUCUUUACCGUCUAUGAAGCGGGCAGGAUGGCUGGACAAUGUUGGCUGUCGGGGUAUCUGCACUGCGAGUUUGAUCGAGAGAAUCCAUUAUUGGCCAAGAUCCAUAAACCAAUGAAAAACUAAUGAAAAGACGACUGGGGCCAGAGAGAGCGCAGUGACCUUCCUGGAGCUGCUGAAAGCUGCUGGGCAGGAUACCUCACCUGAAACGUGUUCGUACGACUGCACCACCCAGGUUCUACACCUGACCAUGGAAAGGUUGGCCAUUUGUCUGCUGAUGAUAAGCACGUCUCUCAAGGCCAUGAUGUGCCCCAAGAGAUGUUCAUGCCAAAAUGUGUCUCCAUCCUUCACAAUCCUUUGUACCAAGACUGGCCUUCUGUUUGUGCCCCCUACCAUUGACAGGAGGACAGCAGAGUUGAGACUCAUGGACAACUUCAUAACUACAAUUAGAAGGAAAGAUUUUGCAAACAUGACAGAACUUAUACACUUAACUCUAACUAGAAAUACCAUUAGUCAAGUCAUGCCUUAUGCUUUCCUUGAUUUGAAAGGCCUCCAUGCCUUGCAGUUGGAUAGCAACAGGCUAACUUUUGUCAAUGAGGAACAUUUUAAGGGUCUGUUCAACCUCCGACAUUUAAUCUUGAAUAACAACCAGUUAAGUUACAUUGCUCCGGGAUCAUUUGAGGAUUUUAUAGACACACUUGAGGAUUUGGACUUAUCCUACAACAACUUAGUGAACAUACCUUGGGAGACCAUUGGUAGACUUUCCAGUGUUAACAAUGUAGCGUUAGAUCACAACCUCAUUGAUUAUGUUCCUGAAGGGAUAUUCUCCAAUUUACACAAACUGGCUAGACUGGAUAUGACCUCCAACAAACUGAAAAAGAUUCCACCAGAUCCUUUGUUUUCCAGAAUCCCUGUUUAUGCCAAAUCUAAAGGCUCCCCAAUAACCUCCCUAGUGCUCAGCUUUGGAGGAAAUCCACUUCAUUGCAACUGUGAGUUAAUGUGGCUUCGACGUCUGACCAGAGAAGAUGACUUGGAAACAUGUGCUUCACCCUUAGAGUUGAUGGGCAAGUACUUCUGGUCAAUAAAAGAGGAAGAAUUUGUUUGUGAAUCUCCCAUGAUAACCCACCGAACUCCUAAACAGAUAGUCAUGGAAGGCCAAAAUGUGUCAUUGAAAUGCAAAGCUGUUGGUGAUCCUGAUCCCUAUGUGCGAUGGAUUUCACCAGAUGGAAAGCUUGUUCCCAACAGCACAAGGACUAUGUCCUAUGAGAAUGGAACCCUGGAUAUUCUCACAACCCUGUUCUCAGAUCGUGGGAACUUUACCUGUAUUGCAUCCAAUCCAGCAGGGGAAUCUACUGCUACCGUGGAACUCAUUGUAAACCCAUUCCCUAAUCUUGCCAACAGCACCAACUGUGAUAAGGAAGCAGAGUCAGGCCUCUCAGAUAUACUGACGCCAGCCAAGUCUAAUGAAACUAAAACUCUCCACGAUAAGAAGGUUGUGGUUGCAGAGCUGACCUCAUCCUCGGCUCUCAUCCAGUGGUUUCCCCAGAGUCACAUCCCCAGGAUAAGGAUGUACCAAGUUCAGUACAAUAGCUCGUCAGAUGAUAUCCUCAUUUACAGAAUGAUUCCUUCAUCAAGCAAAUCAUUUUUUCUUAGUGAUCUGGUGGCAUCUCGUAGCUAUGACCUGUGUGUCCUGGCUGUGUAUGAUGAUGGAACGACUGCCUUAACUGCAACUAGAGUCAUUGGAUGCGUACAAUUCACCACUGAGCAGGAAUACAAACAAUGCCGUUCUCUUCAUGCCCAGUUUCUUGGUGGCACCAUGAUUAUCAUCAUCGGUGGAAUCAUUGUGGCCUCUGUCUUGGUCUUUAUCUUUAUCCUGUUAAUGAAAUAUAAAGUCUACAACAAUCACCCAAAAUCUAAACCAACCAAGGUGACUAAUGUGUGCUCUCAGACCAAUGGCAGCCAAAGUGGGACAAUGGGGCGUUCCUCUUCCAAACUAAAUGAGAGAAGAGACAGUAUUUUGCAAGACAUCUCAGGAACGUCUGUUAAGAGCAAAACCAUAGUAGACCUCACCCCAGAUGGCGAAAAAGUGACUCUAUCUGACUCUACCUUUAUAACAAAUGAUGUUUUAUCUCACUAGCAGAGCCCUGUGCUAAUUGAACUAAUUUAUUCCUUUCUUUUAAGGAGAAUCCGCCAGUGAAUCGUCCGUGGUGGAACGGUGGAGAACAUUUUCAUGCAAGAAGCCGUAUUUGCGGUUUCACACCUAUUGUCUAUUUUUAAGAUCAGAUGGUUACAACUAAAAAGCUAUUUUUUUAAAUCUGUAAAAACGGU